CUCGAAGAUGGAAAAGAUGCUGGUGGGCUGCUUUCUGUUGGUCCUCGGACAGAUCCUUCUUCUCCUUCCCACUGAGGCCAGGGAGCGGCCUCCCUGGAGGUCCAUCUCCAGAGGGAGACACGCUCGGACCCACCCCCAGAUGGCCCUCCUGGAGAGCUCCUGUGAGAAUAAGCGGGCGGACCUGGUCUUCAUCAUCGACAGCUCCCGCAGCGUCAACACCCAUGACUAUGCCAAGGUCAAGGAGUUCAUUGUGGACAUCUUGCAGUUCUUGGACAUUGGCCCUGACGUCACCCGGGUGGGCCUGCUGCAGUAUGGCAGCACCGUCAAGAACGAGUUCUCCCUCAAGACCUUCAAAAGGAGGUCUGAAGUGGAGCGCGCCGUCAAGAGGAUGAGGCACUUGUCCACAGGCACCAUGACGGGGCUGGCCAUCCAGUAUGCCCUGAACAUUGCAUUCUCAGAAGCAGAGGGGGCCCGGCCCCUGAGGGAGAAUGUGCUGCGGGUCAUAAUGAUCGUGACCGACGGGAGGCCACAGGACUCCGUGGCCGAGGUGGCUGCAAAGGCACGGGACACCGGCAUCCUGAUCUUUGCCAUCGGCGUGGGCCAGGUGGACCUCAACACACUGAAGGCCAUCGGGAGUGAGCCCCAUGAGGACCACGUCUUCCUAGUGGCCAACUUCAGCCAGAUGGAGUCACUGACAUCCGUCUUCCAGAACAAGUUGUGCACGGUCCACAUGUGCAGCAUCCUGGAGCAUCACUGUGCCCACUUCUGCAUCAAUACCCCUGGCUCGUACGUCUGCAGAUGCAAACAAGGGUACAUCCUCAACUCGGAUCAGAUGACUUGCAGAAUCCAGGAUCUGUGUGCGGCGGAGGACCACGGCUGUGAGCAGCUCUGUGUGAAUGUUCUGGGCUCCUUUGUCUGCCAGUGCUACAGCGGCUUCACACUGGCCGAGGACGGGAAAAGAUGUGUGGCUGUGGACUACUGUGCGUCAGAGAACCACGGAUGCGAACAUGAGUGUGUGAAUGCGGACGGCUCCUACUUUUGCCGGUGCCCUAAAGGAUUUGCUCUUAACCCAGAUAAAAAAACAUGCACAAAGAUAGACUUCUGUGCCUCGUCUCAUCAUGGCUGCCAGCACGAGUGUGUUAACAUAGGUGACUCCUACUCCUGCCGCUGCCUAAAAGGUUUCACCCUGAAUCCAGAUAAGAAGACCUGCAGAAGGAUCAACUACUGUGCGCUGAACAAACCGGGCUGUGAGCACGAAUGCAUCAACACGGAGGAAGGUUACUACUGUCGCUGUCGCCGGGGCUACACCCUGGACCCCAAUGGCAAGACUUGCAGCCGAGUGGAUCACUGUGCUGAGCAGGACCACGGCUGUGAGCAGCUGUGUCUGAACACUGAGGAUUCCUACGUCUGCCAGUGCUCGGAAGGCUUCCUUAUCAAUGAGGACCUCAAGACCUGCUCCAGGGCGGAUUAUUGCUUGCUGAGCAACCAUGGUUGUGAAUACUCCUGCGUCAACACAGACAGAUCCUUUGCUUGUCAGUGUCCUGAGGGACACGUGCUCCGCAGUGACGGGAAGACCUGUGCCAAAUUGGACUCCUGUGCCUUGGGGGACCAUGGCUGUGAACACUCAUGUGUAAGCAGUGAAGACUCUUUUGUGUGUCAGUGCUUUGAAGGGUAUAUACUCCGUGAAGACGGGAAAACCUGCAGAAGGAAAGAUGUCUGCCAAACAGUCAACCAUGGCUGUGAGCACAUUUGCGUGAACAGUGAUGAGUCAUACAUCUGCAAGUGCCUGGAAGGAUUCCAGCUUGCCGAGGAUGGGAAACACUGCCGAAGGAAGGAUGUCUGCAAAUCGACGUACCACGGCUGUGAACAUAUUUGUGUUAAUCGUGGCAACUCCUACAUCUGCAAAUGCUCAGAGGGAUUUGUUCUAGCUGAGGAUGGAAGACGGUGCAAGAGAUGCACUGAAGGCCCAAUUGACCUGGUCUUUGUGAUCGAUGGAUCCAAGAGCCUCGGAGAAGAGAAUUUUGAGAUUGUGAAGCAGUUUGUCGCUGGCAUUAUAGAUUCCUUGGCGGUUUCCCCCAAAGCCGCUCGAGUGGGGUUGCUCCAGUACUCCACGCAGGUCCGCACGGAGUUUACCCUGAGGAACUUCAACUCGGCCAAAGACAUGAAAAAGGCCGUGGCCCACAUGAAAUACAUGGGCAAGGGCUCCAUGACGGGGCUGGCCCUGAAACACAUGUUUGAGAGAAGUUUCACCCAAGUAGAAGGGGCCAGACCUCUCUCCACACGGGUGCCCAGAGUGGCCAUCGUGUUCACGGAUGGACGAGCUCAGGAUGAUGUCUCAGAGUGGGCCAGUAAAGCCCAGGCCAAUGGCAUAACUAUGUAUGCUGUUGGGGUAGGAAAAGCUAUUGAGGAAGAACUACAAGAGAUUGCCUCUGAGCCCACGGACAAGCAUCUCUUCUAUGCCGAAGACUUCAGCACGAUGGGAGAGAUAAGUGAAAAACUAAAGAAGGGCAUAUGUGAAGCUCUGGAAGACUCUGAUGGAAGUCAGGACUCCCCAGCAGGCGAACUGCCGAAGAAGGGCCACCAGCCAACAGAAUCUGAGCCAGUCACCAUAAAUAUCCGAGACCUACUUUCCUGUUCUAAUUUUGCAGUGCAACACCGAUAUCUGUUUGAAGAAGACAAUGUUUCACAAUCCACACAAAAACUUUUCCAUUCAACAAAAUCUUCAGGAAGUCCUUUGGAAGAAAAACACGAUCAAUGCAAAUGUGAAAACCUUAUCAUGUUCCAGAACCUUGCAAAUGAAGAAGUGAGAAAGUUAACACAACGCUUAGAAGAAAUGACACAAAGGAUGGAAGCCCUGGAAAAUCGGCUGAGAUACAGAUGAAGAUCCGAAAUGCUCUACGUAUUUGUCCAUCAUUGUAUCAAGGGUUACAAUGAAAGCAGCUUGGGCCCCAAAGCUCAGGCUAUUGUUAAGUCUAUAAAGUUGUAAAGUAAAACAUAACUAGUACUGAGAAAGCUGGUUUGCUAUAGAACACAAAGGGAAAAGUACACACUAACUUGUUUAAAUUUGAGAAAAAGUGCUUCAGAACCCUAAAAUGAGAUUAUCAAGUGAGAACAAACAAGCUAUGCAAGAUAUUCUGUAACAUACUGUGGACAUGAUUUGCUUUUGCCUUGUCCUGCCUUGAGUGUUGCGAUCUCAUUUGACUACAAAAUAGUUUGCAGUCUUACUUCUGUAGAACACUGGCUAUAGAAAAAGCUAUUUUUUUUGUAUUGGACUUUUAUCUUGAUAUAUGUAUAUGGAUGUAUGCAUAAAAUCAUAAAACGUAUGUACUUGUGUAACAAGUUGGAUUUUUUUUAUACAAUAUUAAAAUUCACCACUU